CUCAUUCGUAUCCGCUGCUUCCGAUCGCACACACAGCGUCGUCAAUUUUGCUGAGCGCUAUUGCGAACAGCUGCCUCGGUCCUUUCCUGAAUUAAGAAGCCGAAGCAACUCUUUACUCUUCAUGAUGAAGAUAACCAAUAUUGCCUGCGUUGCUCCUUUGAUUGCUGUGCUUUGCAACGGCAUCUCGUCAGCACAAUUACGCGGAACGAGUCGCGCGAUGAUGGAAACGGAAAUAUGCAAAACAAAGGCCUGUAAUGAGAAAGCCAUGUUUAUUCUGGACCACGCGGACAAGAGCAGGGACCCUUGCGACGACUUUUACGCCUACGCUUGCAGCUCUUACCUAAAGCGAAACACCACUGACGCCCACACGCCCAGCCAUGUGGACCAGCUGCGGGUGAAAGUCGCAAACGAAAUUUCAGGGAUAAUUAGACGCCUGCCAAACAUCACGGAAGCCCAAAGUGCAAGGGAUAAAGCCGCCGUUACCUACCACGUGUGCUUGAACAGUGUGCUGAACGAAGAACAAGAGAGGGCGGCCAUCGCGCAGGUUCUGGCCAAGAGGGGUCUUGAUCGCUGGCCGCUACUCUCGGCUGGCGCAGAUAAGGAAGGGCAGCCUCAGAGUUUCGACGAAGUGCUUCAGAAAACAGGGCUGUCCUCAUUUUUCGAGCUUGACGUUGUGGUGAACAAUGCUGGUCGACGCACAAUAUUGCUGGGACCAAUACCUUGGGGGGCGCGUUACUCCUGGCACUUCUUGGCCCUCCUGUGGAGCUCUGCUAACGCCAGCGACGUGGAAUCGCUGCACCGCAGCGCACUCAAGACCACGGCGAGAAUGCUCAGGUCAGACGCAACGGACGAGCACUUGGAGCAGUACGCAAACACGGUGGCGGAAUUUCGAGAGGAAUUGGCCAAGUUGCGAGUGGGUGCGAUGACCGUGCCCCGAACGGAAGAGCAUAUUACACAAGCGACGAUUAAAGAAAUUGAGGGAAGAAUAUCCAAUGUGUCUUUGCUGAAGCUAUUGAACAGCGAGUUCAUAAAAGCCGGCACUACACUCCUCGAGAACGAGAAGAUAGAAGUUCUUGCUCUCGAUAACUUCAAAGGCCUUGUGGAGUUCUACAACAAAAAUAUGGUCAGCGCAUUCAACAGUUUAGGCGCAUACCAAGCCCACAACCUUCUCUGGCAUUCUUCAAGAGCCUACCGCGACGCCCUGGCACGAACGCUUGGAAGAAAGGUCGACGAAUUCGCAGACAUCACGGGAGCAUGCGAAGCGCUGCUGCACGAACUGAUGCCUGAAGUCAUAAGCAGACUCUACAUAGAGAACAGAUUUACUGAAGAUGAACAGUGGCAGGCGAGAAGCGUGUUGAACGCAAUCGGGAAAGCGUACUACGAGAAAGUGAUGUUCCUUCCGUGGGCGGAUCAGGCAACAAGGCAACUGGUUAUGGAAAAGAUCAGGAAUAUGAUGCCUUACGUUGGUUACCCCUCCUGGCUGCUGAAUACAAGCUUUAUAGAUGGACUAUAUGAAAAGGUUGGGAGUCUAAGACGAAAUGACUCGCUGUCUUCCAUCACUCAUCAACUCGAAGAAAACGCUCUUAUAAGAGCGCUUUCUCAACUUUGCGAGGAGCAUCCGGAGCCAACGAUCGGACUACCAUUUCAGGAUGUUGACAUAAUUUACAAGCCACCGAACGUCCUCGGAAUCGGAGCUGGCAUACUUCAGCAGCCUUUCUUUCACCCUGACCUACCUGCGUCGGUAAAUUUGGGCGCCAUCGGAGCAGCCAUGGCUCACGAAAUGUCACUGGAAUUGAUCCACAAAGGCUUGCAUUACGACGCUCGUGGAAUGAAAACCAAAUGGUGGACCAACUACACAGAGGCAGCGUUCCACGAAAAGGCUGACUGUUUUUUGAAGCAGUACGGAAGCAUCGUCGACCCUCUGGCCAACAUGACGCUCAAUGCAACUCGUACCUACGUUCAAGACAUUGUUGACAACGCCGCAGUUCAAACCGCAUUCCACGCAUACCUGGCUUCAUCUGAGGGCAAACCGAAGCUGUCUUUGCAGGGCCUCGAAAACUUCUCUCCAGAACAGGUGUUCUUUCUUUCCUAUGCCUCGCUGCUGUGUACAUUUGAAAGCGCCGAACUAAAUAAGGUAAUAAUAAAGAAGGAUGACCGAUCUCCGGCACGGUACAGAGUCAACGUGCCACUAAUGAACCUGGAGGAGUUUUCGGCAGCGUUUCAAUGCGCACCGGGCUCACCAAUGCGCUUGGCAGACAGCAAGAGAUGCACUUUGCUUUAGGAAUGCCCGACAUAAAGCCAAGGACGUAUGCACGUAGCAGUGUGUACGUUACGGAUUUUCUGUAUGUUUAACCGCCACUGCUUCAGUGCAAAGUCAAGUUAAUAAAUGGGUUGUACUUA